AUGAUAAUGAGGAGGGCUAUUUCUGUGAGUGACGAAUACUUUACAUUUUCCUUUGAAGCAACGAAACGAAAGAUAAAGCGACAAGCAAGAGGAGCAAGAAAAAGAAAACUAUUCAUAAGGAAGAGCGGAACGGCUCAAAAACAAAUGAAUGGAAAAGGACCUGGAAUUCUGAGUUUUGAAUUAUCAUCCCCUGAAGGAGCCAGAAAAUUACCACAGCUGCUUGAGAUUGUUGAGCAUGCAACAUCUUUGGGUGGUGUCGAGUCGUGUAUUGAUUACAGAUUCCAAUGGGACAAGAAUACGGCUCCCACUCUUUUGAGACUGAGUAUUGGAUUAGAAUCACCAAAAGAUCUUAUUGCAGAUCUUAAAACAGCGUUAUUGAAAUUGUAA